AAGGUUCAGAACCACUUCGGCUAAUCGUUCUGCUCGGGUUUGUUUGAAGCUCUUUUUACCCAGUGCACUGGUGGUCCCGCAAGCUUUUGGCGUCCCGAAGCCUUCGCCGACGACUGUAGAUCGCGGCGAGACCGAAGAAAGGAGUGGGAGAGGAGAGUCCUUUUUGUGUUGACGUGCGUUGCUGAGCCUCACGUCCGCCGCCGCUGCGAGGAAGCCAAGCCCCCUCAGAGGAGGCUUCGGCAGUGACACCAAGUGGCUAUGUAGGAAAGUGUUCCCCACACACAAGAAACUGCCAAGUCACAGUAUAGGAUGGCCUUCAUGGGGAGGAGCAACAGAGGGAAGGGCAAGAAGACACAUGGAACCAAUCCUGACAGGAUGGAUGGUGAGCUGUUAGCUCUUCAGUGGAUGGAGCACUCUCGCAUCUUCAGCCAUGCAAUCGGCAACUUGCGUGGCAAGGCUGCAUACACUGAUGCCACAUUGGCAUGUGAAGGCAAGUUCUUUACUGUCCAUAAGUUUGUGCUGUCAACGUGCAGCGAGUACUUCAAUGCCAUCUUUGAGUGGACCCCCUGUGUGAACCCAGUUGUGGUCAUAAAUAACAUAACAUGCAAGGAACUGGAGGCUCUCCUUGACUUCAUGUACAUUGGGGAGGUCAGCGUGCGUGAGAGCCAGAUCCCAGGGGUGAUGCGUGCAGCAGAGUGCUUGCGCAUUCGGGGCCUGGCUAUGGUGGAUGAAGAGGGACUCAAGACGCACCUCUCCAACAAGAACCCCUCUGAGUUUGAGGGUCCAGCUGCCAAGAAGAGGAAACGCCAGGACUCACGCAAAAACACACCUACCACCUCUCAGGUCCACCUUCCUCCUCCUCCACUGCCUCCCCCACCAGUACCACGCCCUGCUGCAGCUACCACUGUGGUGGCCACCACAUCAACGCACCACUUCACCACAGAGCAGCCCUUGCAGCCAGUGGUUGAGACGCACCUCCAAGGUGCCCAUCCACAACAGCAACACCAGCCACAGCCUUCAGCCUCACCUCGCACCCCCCAGUCCGAGCCACAGCUGACCCCUGGACCCCACCACCACGUCCCACACCCACAUCACCACCAGACACAACAACAUCAGAACCCUGUCCAGGCCACUGUUGUUCAGAACUCCCUAGUGGGAACUGUACACACUGUGCAGUCUCCCCUCACACCCCAGGCUCCUCACACCCCACAGGCUACCCACACUUCACAACCCUCCAUCUCUCAGGCCGCACACCCACAGCAUCUCACACAGGUCUACACGACCCCUACCCACCAGCCAGCUGCAGGGGGAGUGCCUGCCCAAACUUCCGCAGCCACACAAAUCUCAGUUCCAGCCCACAUUUCAGCAGCAGGCUCAGAGACUAUUCAGGUGAAUGAGGUCACCAUUCCUCAGCCACUCAUCCCCAUUGAGAAGUUUAUCCAAGCUGUCAAGCUGGAGAUUGACACUAACAAGGAGGGGCUGGAGACACAGCAGGAAGAUGGUUCGGUUGGGAUUCCUGACCUCCUGGAUAGCCUGGUGGACAUGAGGCAGAUCUAUGACAGCAAAACAGAACAGGAGGAGAUGGGCACAUCCCACAACUCGGAAGCCAGUGAGAACCUGUAUGACUUUACUGAAGAAUAUCCUGAGACAUCCGCUUCUUCGCGAUCAGACGCUCAGUUGCCGAGGGUCAGUUGCUUGCUCCGUAGUAAAGACGGGGGUCACACGACAGCAGCAUCACUUAUUGUUUUUUCCAUGCAAAAUUUCUCUUCUUGAUGUCUUGAGUAACCGACAUCAAG